UCAACCAUGUCAGCGGACGAAGCAGCUCAGCGCCGGAAGCUACAGAACCGGAUGAAUCAAAGAGCCCGGCGAUCGCGUUUAAAAGGAGAUGACGACAAGGCUCGCCGUCCAUUCAAAGUCACGCGCUGGCGCCUCGAUGACGAAAAGACCGUAUCUGGUGUCCAAGUCCAAGGCGGCCGACAUGCUAAUCCUGCAACUGGACACGAUGAUGCCCAAAAAGAGAAAGACUGGUCUCUUGAAACCAGCCGCCUCCCGCCCCUGAGUUUACAGGAUGCAGAGUUGGUAAAGAGGGAGCCCUUGCUGAGGCUGGCCCUACCGUAUCUUGCCCGGAAAACAUCGCCAUUGCAAGAUCAUCUUCUACACCUUAUCCACUUCAACGUCCUGCGUGCCGUCUUCAGAAUAAAGUUCAUCCUCGCGAGCUCGACGGCAUUCUGCAUCGGAGGCAACGCAUUCGGGACUGAGCCCCAGCUUGUGACGAUUGACGACGCACACCCGAGCCGAGCUACCCUUGUCCUCACCGCACAAGACGAGGCAAACGGCCUCCCUUUGUCGGUUCGCCCCACGCCUCUUCAGAGUUCCAAGGAUCACGCAACAUGGAUUGAUAUAAUACCGUUUCCAGCCAUGCGUGACACCUUGAUCCGCUACGAUGCUGAGUAUGAUCAAGUUGAAUUCGGCAACGAUCUGGUGGGCGACCUUGUGGACUUUGCCAAUGUGUACCAACUUCAGCGCCCGAAACAACCACGCAUACCAGCCAAUAAGUCGUCUCUGCCGAUCAAUGAGGCCGGGGCCGGGACCGGGACCGUUGCAACACGGACGGGACUGAUCGUUUGGGGCGAACCGCACUGCCCGGAAAACUGGGAGGUGACCCUGGGUUUUAUGCAGAAAUGGCCCUGGGCUCUCGCUGGUUGCCAGCCUUUGUUGGACUCGAGUAAUCGAUGGAGGGCACUUCGCGGUGAGGAGCCAUUGCCUCAGAUUGAUGGACCUCGAGUCUGUCUUUAA